AUGUCUCAGCUGAUAGAGGUGCCGGGCGAGGCAAGCCCAUUGAGCUACCAGAAUGUAGUCAAUACUUUGGUAAUGGCAUCUAGCUCAACUCAACAACAAGUUAAGACAGGUACCGAGCAGUUGCAGAACUGGCAGAGACAGGGAUCAUACCAUUCAAUGCUUCAGGAUGUAUUUUGCGAUCAUUCACUGCCGACCGAAGUCCGAUACCUUGCCAUUAUUCAGUUGAAAAACGGAAUCGAUAAAUACUGGCGAAAGACUGCGCCCAAGUGUGUUCCCCGACGGCCCACCCAACGCAUGAUCCGAAUAAAACCUACUGACACCCAUGGAAGUGCUCUCUUGAAGGACGAAAAGGAAAAAAUUAAGGCAACUGCUAUGCAGGCGGGUAUCGCCGAACCUUCCCGCCCACUGGCCCUCCAAAAUGCUUUGAUGAUCGCCAAGAUUCUCCGCUACGAAUUUCCUCAGGAUUGGCCCGACGCUAUGGCGACAAUUAUUGACUUCCUGCGAUCAUCCAUCCAACCUGGCGCCGACCCGAUCCAACUUCCCCGUACCCUCUUAAUCCUUCUCCAAACCAUAAAAGAACUGUCCACCGCGCGCCUACAAAGAACCCGAACCCAGCUCCAGUCCGUUUCUCCCGAACUAUUCCAUGUGCUGGGGAAUAUUUACGUGGAGAAAGUCAACACAUGGGUAUCCAUUUUGGAGCACGGGGGUGGUGACGAGGCGUCGCUACUGGAUGCGAUCGAACAAAGUUUAGUCUCAUUGAAGGUUCUCCGACGCCUGAUUAUUGCCGGGUUCGAGCACCCUGGUCGCGAUCAAGAGGUUCAGAAAUUUUGGACAUUGACUCACAACCAAUUCGUGAAGUUUCUUUCUUUCGUGAAUGAGUCUGGCAAGCUGCCGGAGCUCGUCGAAAUAGCCAUUCGGAAGCAUGUGCUCCAACUCUCUAAGCUCCACGUUGAAAUGGCCAAGACCCACGCAGCAUCCUUUGCACUCUUCACACACAGCAUUGAACUUGUCAAGACCUACUGGAGUUUGCUUCAGAAUCUCAGCGAGGUGUAUGUUAGCCUUGGUGCGGACGCUGAGACCGAAGGCCAAUCCCUUCCUGAGAAGACAGGCCUACGAGCCUUGCUUUUGAUCAGAGCGUGCGCGAAGAUGGCUUUCAACCCAGUACAUACGUUCAAAUAUCAGACCCCGGCAGACAAGGAGGAGAGGAAACAAGCUGUCGAGCGGAUCAAGACAGAACUAUUCACCGACAAAUUCGUCUUGGACACUAUGGAAUUGCUUGUUACGCAAUUCUUUAGGUUCCGGAACAUUGAUUUCGAGGAAUGGGAAGCGGAACCUGAGCAGUGGGAAAAGCGGGAGGAAACUAGCAGUGAGGCUUGGGAGUUCUCCAUCCGCUCGUGCUCCGAGAAAUUGUUCCUUGACCUCGUCAUCCACUUCAAGAGCUUACUGGUUGGUCGAUUGCUUGACGUGUUCCAUUCUUUUGCUCGCACCGAUAACCGCAAUGUGAUUCUGAAAGACUCAUUGUAUUCCGCCGUCGGCUUAGCUGCGGCCAGUCUUGAGCAGUGUCUGGACUUCAAUACCUUCCUUGAAGGGACUGUUGUUCCUGAAGUCCAGAUUCAAGAUCCUGAGUACAGACUUCUGAGAAGACGAAUCCCCAUGGUACUUGGCCAAUGGGUGCCCAUUCAGUACGAGAAACUGAAUAUCGAUGCCAUCUACCAAGUCUUCCAGCAUUUGCUGAACAAGGAUGAUCCAUUAAAUGAUUUGGUGGUCCGCAUUACUGCCGGUCGACAGUUCCGCAAUAUCGUCGAACCCUUCGAGUUCACCUCAGCGGGCUUCAUCCCAUAUGCACCAGCCAUUCUAGGAAGUCUUAUGUCACUUGUCCAGGAAGCUGAAGUUUCUGAAACCAAGAUGGGUCUGUUGGAGACAGUACGAGUAGUCGUGGUGAACAUGGAAAGCAACAUUGCUCCCUUCUCAGACGCAAUCAUCUCGCUACUACCGCCGUUGUGGGAAGAAUCCGGAGAUGAACAUUUAAUGAAGCAAGCUAUUCUUACCCUCCUCUCCUCUUUGAUCCAUUCCCUCAAGCAAGAAUCUUCACGAUACCACUCGCUUAUUCUCCCGUUAAUUCAGGGAUCCGUCAAUCCUGAAUCUGAAACAUUCAUGUACCUCUUAGAUGAGGCACUAGAGCUAUGGGCUGCCAUCAUUAUGCAAACUCCUUCACCUGCCUCCCCUGAGAUUAUUGCUUUAAUGCCCUCCAUAUUCCCCCUCAUCGAGCAAGGAACAGACAGUGCCGCCCAGGCCCUCGGCAUCAUCGAAAACUACAUCCUCCUCGCUCCUCAGGAGGUCCUCCGUGAUGGUAUCCGAGACCCGCUCUUGAUCGCCCUGAAAGAAACUCUUUCCUACACAACAAAGAUGCGCACCGGAGUGGUUCCCCGCCUCGUCGAAAUGAUCAUUCGCGGAGCCGAAGCGGUCGACGGCGGCAGCGAGUCCACAUACAGCAUCAUCUCACGCUCUCUUCUCGAAACCUCAUUCCUCCCAUCCCUUCUCGAGGGUCUAUACACCGCCUACGAGGCUAGCCAAACCUCCGGCCCGAACCGAAAAGCAACAGAAGUAGUCGGCGUCAUCGAAACAGAUUACCUGGCUGUCCUCGCCCGACUCGCGCUGGGAAACCCUACCAUCUUCGCCUCUGCCGUCGCAGCCGCUACAAACUCCACCGAGGAGCAGAGCUUGAACUGGAUUCUCGAGGAAUGGUUCUCGCACUACGAUAACAUGGGCAGUGCGAACCAGAAGAAGGUGCAUGCUCUCGCUCUGACCCAGCUCCUUGCUCUCCAGGACCAAUCUGCCAACCCUUCUUCUGGCCCUGCGCCACCUCCCCCAUACAUCCUGAAACAUCUCCAGUCCUACCUGACUAUUUGGACCGACCUCAUCACCGAGUUAUCGGAGGGUGGCUCGGAUCCGAACUCCGAUUACCUUGUGUACUGGAGCGCGCCCAAGGGCUCUGAGACUGCGAACCCGGAGAACUCGGAGGAGUUCCAGACACCUGAGAAUCUUCGCCGUAACGAGUGGGAAUUAGCUGAUGCCGUCCACCGGUUCCCGAUCCGCGACUUUGUGCGCCAGCGUCUAGAGCAGGUCAUUCUUGCUUGUGGCGGCGCUCAGCGUUUCCAGGAGGAGUGGCUGGUUAAUGUUGAUGGAGAGGUUGUGUCUGCGUUCGGGGCUUUGGGACUGAUUUGA